UAUAAUUUCACUUUUGCGGGCUAUCGAAUCCUUGUUACCAUGACAAUACAUCUCGUCCACUUCAUGUCAUUGACACAGAAAUCACCCAGGCGCACACGAUUGCCCAAGGACUACAAGAUGGGAGCCAAGUCCUCAAAGAAGGAGCCUAUUGUAAUAUACAAUGAGCCUGAUGUGGCAAUCCAGUUCUCUCCCAAUCUCCUCCGAAAGUUGGAAGGCCAACCACCAGACCCCGUUCUUGCCCGCUUCUCCGGCCUUCCCACUCCCCCACCUCCGCCGCACAUGCCCCUCGGAGCACAAUCCGUUCCACCCAACCGAAAGUCCGCACCCGAGCAGUCCCAACAACCGGCAGUCGAGUCAGCAGAUAUUGACAAAAUUGUAAAGCAGCGUGUAGAAAGGGAGAUUGAGCUUCAUCAACAGAAGCGGUUGGUGCAUGAGCAAAGAUCUGCAGACCAGGUUCGGAGGGAAGUGGAGGAUUUGCUAAAGAGGCAGAAGAUUCCACCAAAGACAAAAGUUGAUCCAGAAUGUGUGGCAGCGCAAGACGCUGUCGUAUCAUGCUAUAGAAACAAUCCAUCACGGCCUCUAGACUGUUGGCGCGAAGUAGAGAACAUGAAGGAAAAGGCCAAACAAGCACAAAGGAACUUUGUUGAAUCACACUGAGUGGAAACGUGACAAACAGAAUCUAGGUGGACUCUGGUGUGGCUUUGCUGUUGGGAUGGAUCAUAUGCUUGCGUACGCCAAUAUAAUUGUAGAUUACUCUAUGCGAAGUUACUGCAAACUUGAGCACAUUCCUCUUUACUUGUUACAGCCAUUGAAAAUGAAGCAAUUGGCAAGUUGAGCAGCUGGCAUUUCGGGUGGGAAGGCAGUCGCUCAGGAUCCAUCAAAGGCC